AUGGCGUCGACCAAUGAGAACGGGGAGCGCGGGGAUCAGACGGUUCCCAAUGGAGACGAGGAGGAGAAGGAGGAGGAGAGCGUCCAAGACAUCCAGUCUCAUUAUCUACGCUGUCCAUCUCCGAGUUUCUCGAUGGCGUCAGAGUCCAGGUUCUCCAUGAUCUCCGGCUCGGAGGACGCUGCGAGCAUCUUCAUGGAGCCCAUCCACCUCUCAUCGGCCAUCGCCGCCAAGAAGAUCAUCAGCGAGGAGCUGCCGAACCGUCCCAUGCGAGCCGAGUCCAUCCCGGAGUCCAUGCUGGAGACCGCCGAGCAGCUGAUGGUGGAAGACCUGUACAACCGCGUCAAGGACAUGAUCGACGACCGCAGUCCUUACAACACCCCCUGUGUGCUGGACAUCCAGAGGGCCAUGGUGCAGGACCGCCUGGAGGCCCCCGUUAACCCCGUGGACGAGGUGUGGCCCAGCAUCUUCAUAGCUGAGAAAUCUGUUGCAGUCAAUAAAGCUCGUCUGAAGCGAAUGGGCAUCACCCACAUCCUUAACACCGCCCACGGCACGGGGGUCUACACGGGGGAGACUUUCUACGCAGGCAUGAACAUCCAGUACAUGGGCAUCGAGGUGGACGACUUCCCCGAUGCCGACAUCUCGGUGCACUUCAGGCCCACUGCUGAAUUCUUGGACGAGGCUCUGCUGACACACAAAGGGAAGGUUCUUGUGGUUUCCAUGAUGGGCGUCAGUCGCUCCGCUGUCCUGGUGGCGUCCUACCUGAUGAUCUUCCAGCACAUGUCCAUCAUGGAGGCCCUGACCUCCAUGAGGAAAAAACGUCCCAUCAACCCCAACGAGGGCUUCCUGAAGCAGCUGCGAGAGUUGAACGAGAACCUGAUGGAGGAACGCGACGACGACGAUGACACACUCAGCCAGUGUUCUGUCAUCGACGCUCGCACACGUGCUCGCAUCUUUGGCGAAGGCGGGGACGACUAUGAUGAUGACGAUGAUGAUGAUACAGAUAAAGAGGAUGAGCAGAGCAUGAUCGAGGUGAAAGCCCAGUCCAUCAUGAUGGAAGAAGAGGAGGAUGGAGCCAGCGUGAUGAGCAGCGUCGCCUCCUCUGCAGCUGCUGCGGCGCUCAGGAGUGGAUUGAUCGGAGCUCAGAACGGGCUGGACAACCAGGCGUCGACUGGUGUUCAAGAGGACGUCGUUCUUCCAGGGCAGGAGGGCGGGCAAGACGGGGAUGAUGACGACGGUGUGGGCAGCAUGAUCCGUGAGUGGCAGCGGAGAAAUGAAGUAUAUCAGAGUGAUGAGUGGUGGGAGGCACAGCUGAAUUGUGAAGGGGAGGAUGGGGAAUCUCUCACUGGGGGCAAACCAAGGCCUCCGGGAGGAUAUGGAGAUGCUGACGUUGAGAGCGUCACCAGCGAGGAUGUACGAGCUGUGAAGGAGCGGGUGAAGCGUCGCAACAGACGCCCUCCCUCCGAUGCGAUGUCCACCUCCAGCUGCACAAGUUACUCCGAUCUUUGGAAGCAGCGGCUGAAGGAGAUCGAGGAACAAGCAGCCGCUCGCUACCGCAAGAAAGAGGACGAUGAAGGCAGCGAGAGCACAGCCACAGAUGGAGGGGAAGGAGGAAAUAAGAAGGUUAAUGAUGAGGUGGAGAGCAUCCUCUCUGACACCAGCUCCAUGUACAACUAUUGCCAGAGGAACAAGGAGAAGAUGACACCUUUGGAGCGCUGGCGCGUCAAGAGGAUCCAGUUUGGCUGGAACAAGAAAGAUCGGGAGGACGGAGAGAAAAGUUCAGUCGGCGACGGUAACGGAGAGGAAGAGGCCAAGACACCAUCCCUGCAAGAGGUCAACCUGACGGCCUAUCAGUCAUGGAAGCUGAGGCAGCAGAAGCGUUACGGGGAGGAGGACAAAGAUGAGAUUUUGGAGAUGAGUCGGGGUGAAGACUCUGCGGCGGUGAGACGGAGACAGAGGCGCGAGGAGAUUCUGGAGCGAGCGAAGAAGAAUUUAGAAGAGAGUCAGUCCAUGUGCGGCUGGGAGAACGAGAGCUGCGUCAGCGGAGGUACGAUACCGCUCUCCGCCUUCUGGGCUGGAGCCGGAGUCACGGGAUCACCAAGCGUUGCCAACGACGACAACAUGUCGAUGCUCAGCGGCAGGUCUUCUGUCAUAUCUUCAGUUUCUCAACCUCGCAGCAUGAGAUCUGCACAAUCUGCUGCCCCGGUUAAUCCACUGACACCAGUUCCUCCUAUCGUCCCAGUUCCUACGAUGCAAGGCCCUGGAGGUGAGCCAAUGGUCAAUCUGUCCAGCAUCCAAAACUGGAUCGCUAAUGUCGUCUCUGAAACCAUCAAACAGAAGCAGACCGAGAUGAGCCUGCCUCCUCCAUCACGUGCAGGAUCGGAGUUCAGCUUCGGUCCUGCAGCGAGUGUGAUUUCUGGCCGAGGCGCAGACGAUGACAAAGCCUCAAUGUUAAGUGGUGCUUCCUACUCCAGCGCUCUGUCACAGGGUCGUGGCAGGGCGGCGUCGGUGCUCUCAGGUGGAGGAUCCAGCAGCGUCUCAGGCCUCACUGGAAGAGGCUCAGCACUGGGCUCCACACUGGGCUCCACACUGGGCUCCACACUGGGCUCCACACUGGGCACCAAGAAAAACAAAAUCACCACCACCAGCGUUCCUCUUUACAGCCUCUUCCAGGACCAAGUAAAUCUGGGCAAACUGGAUGCCAUAGACAAGGAGAUAAAGUCAGAGAUGAGGGGCAAGAUGGCAACCUAUGAAAAGAAGAAGAUCUUAGAGGACAACAGGCGUAGCACUCUCUACAAGAAGAAGAAACCGAAGGAGGAUGAAGACGAGGAGGAGGAGGAGAGCAAGAGGAAAGAGGAGGAGUUUCUUGAGGAAGCGAAGAAAAAGGAGAAACCUGUGAGGAGUUUCGGCCUCUCUGGGUGUUUGAAUCUCAACCCAGCGCUGGAGAAAAAUAAGAACACUAGCAUUGAUGACUGGCUGAAAAGUGUCAGACCUCCACCGAGAAAAUCUGCCUCUGGAUCUGAAGCAAUCCCAGAAGAGGAUCCGUACGAUGACCUCGACGCCUCCGCUUCUGAAUUCGACUACUCCAGCCGCAGAGCCUCCUACGCUGCCAAUGAAGAAGACGAGGAGGCGUACGGCGUUACCUCCAGAUACAGGUCAAGAUUACGUGAGAAUCUAUCAAGUGAAGACACGUCCUGUAACGGGUUCACGCAAUCCCAAAGCUACAGCCGAGCGGGGAGAUCGUACGGCGCUUACGCAGAGAGCGACGAGGGGACGGAAAGCUACAACGACUUCUCCACCAAGAGAAAAUUCACCCAUCAUACACGAUAUGAAAGCAGCGACACAGAAGGGCAGAGGAGCAGGAGGGAGGACGCCGAUGAUGAGGAUGAGGAGGAGGACAUCUCUGCCUUCAUCGCCCAAACAAGGCAGAGGGCCAGAGCGAAGGCCGCCGCCGAGGCCGAGGCCAAAGGCGACGAGGUGCUCAGCGCCUGGAGGGUGCAGCAGGAAACGAAGUCACAGAGUAGAAGUGAAUCUUAAAUGGAGAUCAAUAAGAAGGAAUAAUUAUGCUUUUUAAACUAGAAACUCUUUGAAAUUUGAGGAGUUUGUUUCUCAAAAUGAUUCAGAAUUAAUUCCUCGUGUGAUACUCCUAAAAUCAAGCAGGAAUAUAAAGUGCUGAGAGGUUGAUUAAAGACUUUCAUUAUGCACUAUUAAUCACAAAACACUGUAUUAACUGUACUGUCACUUGUGCUGUGUUUGAAGAUGGGCAGAAAAAAGCACCUCUGCCUUCGUGUUGUGCAUUAAAAUUUAAAAAAGGAUUCACAUUUAUCACUUGUAUAUUAAUAACUGUAACAACGGGCGUAUUUAUGAGCAGUUUAACCCUAAAUUAACUUUGUAGUUGCACAACUGUUGAAUGUAAAACUACUUGUAGAACACAUUUAGUGCAUAUUUUCAUAAAAGAUUAAUUAUUUUAUUGUUGCAAUAAAUGUUCUAGUAACUUA